CUCCACCCUCUGACCCCCAGCUCCAGCUGCAGACGCCACGGGGUUUGUGUAAGGGGCGCAGCACUCCAGCCAUGGCACGUUCGCGCGUCCAUGACACCAAGUUCUACUGCCUGAAUGUAUACCAGGUAAAAAUAAGCUCCACACCUGAGCUGGGGGCAGCAUCAAGGGUAGAAGGCCAUGUUGGCCAAGGAGCUCCAGGCCUCAUGGGUAAUAUGAACCCUGAGGGCGGCGUGAACCACGAGAAUUACAUGAACCGCUAUGGCGGCAUGAUCCACGAGGGCGGCGGUGGAAACCAGGAGCCUAGGCAGCUGCAGCAGCCCCUGGAGGAGCCGGCCCAGGCGGCCAUGGAGGAUCCGCAGCCCGAGAACAUGCAGCCACGAAUUCGGCGCAAGAAGUUCACGCCGUUGCAGGUGCAGGAGCUGGAAAGUGUUUUCCAACGCACUCAAUACCCUGAUGUGCCCACAAGAAGGGAACUUGCCGAAAACUUAGGUGUGACUGAAGACAAAGUGCGGGUUUGGUUUAAGAAUAAAAGGGCCAGAUGUAAGCGGUAUCAGAGGGAAUUAAUGCUCGCCAAUGAACUACUUGCUGACCCAGACAACUGUGUCUACAUCAUCUUGGACGAGCCCUAGAAUGCCAUCCUUCUUCAGGAGCUAGUUUGGAGAUGGGUUUUUCUGGUGCCACUGACACCUGGGCUGCCCGUGCCGCUCAGGCUACCCUUAUCUCCUCUGAACUUAUGUUAUCAAUAAAGAGGCAAAUUC